AUGCAUUGCCCACUGUCAAUAAUUGAGAAGCAGGUCAGUACUGCUCGCAUUCCAGACGCCAAAGCCGACGUGUUCACAAAUAUCUCCCCUUUUUGGCGACCCGGAGCGCAUGGAAUAUUUGGGGGGUUCGCGGUUGCGCAGAGCCUCAGUGCUUCCCAACAGACCGUACCAGGGGAAUUUGUCGCAAACUCCCUACAUGGCUCAUUCAUAUACGCGGGGAACUCGAAGGAUCCCGUGUUCUACCAUGUAGAAAGGCUGCGCGAUGGAAAGGGCUUUUGUACCAGAUCAGUGCGUGCUUUACAGGGAACAAGACCGAUUUUCAUUUGCACUGUUAGUUUUACCAAGAAGCGAAAUGCGGAAAAGGGAAAAGAAAACAUUCAGCACGCCUCCUCAAUGCCUCCAGGUAUCCCGGUACCAGAGGAUAGGUCCACAUACGGAGACGAGAUAAAGCCUCCUUUCGUCAAUAGAAGUGUGGGCGUAUUGGACAAGGGCGGACUGCGUCGACCGGCUGAUAAACGCUUCCAUCAAUGGAUCAAAUCCAACGAUACGUUGUCGCCAUCAGCUAGUCUUCAAGUCCACCAAGCAGCACUGGCCUUUAUGUCAGAUAGCUAUUUCCUUGCCGGCGUGCCUCAUAGCCAUGAGAUCUGGCAAUUUGUGGAGACGCCAAUAUCCGAGUUCCACCCUUCGCCAAACGGUCUUUCAACAUCAACUGAAAAACACACCGAGAUUCGACGACCACAUCUAGAAUCCCCGGAAGAUAGAGCCGGUGGUGAGUCGAGGGUAUCUAUGAUGGUUAGCUUGGACCAUACCAUAUAUUUUCAUGAUAUGGAAAACUUCCGAGCCGACGAGUGGUUACUUUUGGGAGAUACGGAGCGGUUGGGCAGGGAACGGUCGCGGUCUAGUCCAGCAACAAAUGUGGACUAA